AUGGCGGGGCUGGCGUGGAAGUGGCCGCGUACCCGCCUGCCCAUGGGCGCCAGCGCCCUGGGCGUCUUCGUCCUCUGCUGGCUUUACGUGUUCCCCGUGUACCGGCUGCCCGACGAGAAGGAAAUCGUGCAGGGCGUGCUGCUGCAGCAGGGCAAGGCGUGGAGGAGGAACCAGACUGCGGUCGCCCUGUUCAGGAAGCUGCUGGAAGAAUGCUGUGACCCUGGGCAGCUCUUUGCUAUGACAAAGAUGAAUUCCCCUAUGGGAAAGAACCUCUGGUUUGACGGGGAAUUUUUAUAUUCUGUCACAAUUGACAAUGCAACUUACUCUCUCUUCCCACAGGCUACUCCCUUCCAGCUGCCACUGAAGAAAUGUUCCGUGGUGGGAAACGGUGGGAUCCUGAAAAAGAGUGGCUGCGGCAAACAAAUAGAUCAAGCAGAUUUUGUCAUGCGGUGCAACCUUCCUCCUCUAUCCAGUGAAUACAGCAAGGAUGUUGGAUCCAAAACCCAACUGGUGACUGCAAAUCCCAGUAUAAUUCAGAAAAGGUUCCAGAAUCUGCUGUGGUCCCGAAAAGCCUUUGUGGACAGCGUGAAGGUCUAUAACCACAGCUACAUUUACAUGCCAGCCUUCUCCAUGAAAACAGGGACAGGACCCUCCCUCCGCGUCUACUACACCCUGGAGGAUUUCGGGGCCAAGCAGGCAGUCCUUUUUGCCAACCCAAACUUCCUGCGGGACAUUGGCAAGUUCUGGAAGAGCAAAGGUAUUCAUGCCAAACGCCUUUCCACGGGGCUUUUCCUGGUCAGCGCUGCCCUUGGUCUGUGUGAGGAAGUAACGAUUUACGGCUUCUGGCCGUUCUCGGUGGACCUGCACGGGAAGUUUAUCAGCCAUCACUACUAUGACAAUGUCCUGCCUGACUCCGGAUUCCAUGCCAUGCCGGAGGAAUUUCUACAGCUUUGGUUUCUUCAUAAAAGUGGUGUACUGAGAAUGCAGCUAGAACCAUGUGAGGACCCUCUAAUCCAACCUUCAGCCUGAGGAUCAUAGGAGUCAGUUUGGGCGAUCCAGUAGUUUCUAAUUUCCAUGCUCUCCAACAGAGAGUUCUAUUUUAUGUUGAUUGUUCUUAAAGGGAUCUGCAUGGACCAUAUAAAUGCUGCUUGAAGGCCAAGUGGAAUAUGUCCUUAUUGUUUAGUGCUUUAUGGAACUGGGAGGGGAUGAAAUGUCUCUCUCCAUCAAGUCCAUUCAGCAGCAGUGGGAAAACAAUGUCAGAAGCAGCGAAGCUGAACUUUCCAGGGAUGUUUUUAAGUGACAAGCAUAAAAAGGGCAUUAAGGCUCAGAGAGUCACCGGGUCACUCAUAAGCUUUUGCUGACAGUGCCAAAUAUGACUAUCUGUUCCAAAUUCCAUUUCAUUCCAGAUCAGCACCCUGUAGAACUUUCCUUUUUCCUUGCUUUUUUCCUCUGUUUGUGUAUGUGUGUUUAUGUAGGACAGCAUAUGUGUGUCAUUGAAUCUUUGUUUCUUUUCUUCCUUUUUAUUUUGAC